UCACUGCAGAAAGUCUGCAACAGCCUCAACCACCCAGUGUGUGUGUUUGCAGCCUGCAUAGCUUGCUGGCGGACUGUCACCUUCUUCUCCACUUGAAACUUGCAUUACUUUGCAUGAGAUAAGCCUACUUACUAAUCGUUCUCCCGGCCGUGAAAGCGCGUCAGUGUGGCCGUGUUCAGUUUCUAGUACGUUUCUAGUGCGACUUGCGAAGUGAAGAAAUCUUCGGAAGUGGAUUGUAGAAAACUUCACCAUCACGAUGCGAGCGAUUAACCUCGAUACCUAUAGCCUGUCACUGCUCACGGCCAAAGAGGACAUUCUCAACCCCCGCUCAUCAACCAACUGGGCUCUAUUUACCUACGAUGGGGUCACCAACAACCUCAAACUGGCUGACUCUGGAGCGGGUGGAGUGGUGGAGUUGUCAGGGAAGUUCCACAUAGCCAGGCCUUUGUAUGGGCUCUGCAGGGCUGGCUCUGCCGAGACAGGAGGCCCUCUGGUCGCCAUGAUCUGCUGGGUCGGGCCAAACGUGGAUGAAUACCGCAGGACGGAAUGUGCCAGCCAUGUGCCCGCUAUCAAGGCCUUCUUCAAGGAGGCUCAUGUGUUUAUCAGUGCUGAGAGUACUGAGGAUGUCACAGAGGAGAAGAUAGGCACUGAGAUCAGUAAAGUCCGCCCCCAGACAGAGCAUGUCAGAAGAAGCAGUCGGUCCAAGGACAAGGAGGAGACAGUGGGCACUAACUACAGGAAGACUAACGCUGCCAUGGAGAUGAGACGGGCCAACAGAGACUCCUUCUGGGCACGUGCAGAGCGUGAGGAGGAAGAGAGAAAGGAGGAAGAGCGGAAGCGAGCAGUGGAGGAGAGACGCCGUUGGGAGAAAGAGAGAGUGCUGAAGGAACGGAAAGAGGCUGACGAGAGGGAGAGGAAAAUGAACGAGAAACUACAGAUGAUCGAAGGGCAGAGGAGAAUGCAGGCCCAGCUGGAGGCAGAAGUGAGGAAGCAGGAGAAAUCAAGAUGGGAGCUGCAGCAGAGAGAGCAUGAGGAGGACAUGAGAGCUCGCUUGAGACGCAGCGAGUCCAUCGAGAAAGCAGCAGAGGCAGCAGUGCUGGUAUCACAGCGCUCCAUGAACCCCAGAGAGUUCUUCAGACAGCUGUCAUCAUCAUCGUCCCAAAGCCCAUCCAGCCCCGGCUCCCCCCGUACAGGCAAACCUCCAUUAAGGCGGUACCAGCGCAGCCUGACCGACACAGCAUUCAUCUUUGGGAAAUGGGACGGCCCCACUCCGACCUCCCCCCCGCAGUCCAACAUUGGUUUCACCCUUCUCCCGUGUCCCCUCCUCCCCCUUCCACCGCACCAUGUCUCCACCCAGCACCAGCUUCCGCCCAAUCACCUCUCCCCAGAGCCCCCGCGCCCCCCUGGUGUCCCCUCCCACAUCACCCCUCCACUCCGCCCCUGCUGUCUCAGCCCGGCCUACCCUCCCAUCACCCAGCCCCCAGUCUCAGCCUCCAACCCAGCCCUCUGCCCCCCCAGCCUCUCCAGGCCUCCUAGCCACCCUGACCCCCACCAUUCCAGAGAACCAGUACCAGGCUCAGGUUCUGCCACCAUUUCCCCCCCGAUACCCCUCCCCAGUCCCAGCCUGAGUGCUCCCCCUCUCCACUAGUCUCCCUGGAGCCUGCCCCAGCACCACAGCCUCCCACUGUCCCCCUGCCAGAGAGUCCACUGCAGUCAACAGAGCAGUACACAGCCGUACAAGCCAUACUGGUGGAGGAAGAGGAAGAUGAGGAAGAACAGGCAGAGCCUGAGCCCAGUGUUGGGAAUACAGAGCCAAGCCCAAACAUGGAGGAGGGAGAGGAGGGCUCAGCACCAGAUUCAGA